CAUAUGUACAUAGAAAUGUGUCAUCCAUAUGUUUAAGUUGUCACAUUAUAUAAGUAUUUCAUCGUGUGAUCGAUGUUUAAUAUGCACAUACGCAUGCUUCCAACAGACAAUGGGCGCGACUGUACGUAACAAUUCCGAUAGCAGUGUUUCCGAUAAAAAUAGCCGAGCCCACGGUAAAUAUCGCCGGUAAUGAAGGGGAGCGAUGCGGCGGCAAGAGGGCGAGAGGAGAAAGCAACGUCGCCAGUCGAUAUGAUAACGUGCGAUUGAAUCUAAUCAAAAUACGCAAUAAAAUUAGACAUAUGCGCGCGUGCGGACGCGUCACACGUUACAUUAGGAGUAUUUAUAUAUUACCCGAAUAUAUAAAUUUUACUAACGGGACAAAUACACCGAGAGUAAAUAAUGGUUGAUCUAAAUAAUAUUACCGUUAUUCUUGGCUCUAACCAUACUUUCUAGUUGUAAAAGUUCUAACGCGGACAUAAUUUUGACGCGGCAAUAGUGACGUACAUAUAAGGUUAUUAUGACUAAUAUCGCACAGUAGAAUUUAAUAAAAAAAAAAAAAGUUUUCCUGGGCAUAAUUUAUAGCAAAUAUUUCCCUGUGUGUGCAUCAAUCGGUCGAAAAUUCUUUUUGACUAAAAUAAUCGGCGAAUCAAUAAUCAAAAUUAAUCAAUCGUUGUAUGUGAAAUCACACAUGAAUUCAUCGAUCGAUGAGAUCGAUGGUUGUUAAUGUUUAAUCGAUUAAUCUCCAAAAAUUGUCGCGUACACGCGUUUCUUUCCGGCGAGGAUCGGGAAUUCGCGGCGCGGUCCUCUCCAGCCUUUUCCGUAAAUUGUUUUUAGCGGCGUCGAUUUCGUAAUGCACCUCCGUGCCAAAAUAAUUCCGUCGGUGGGCACACGGCGUUAUCAUCGGCUAUGUACAUAAUCAUAAUAAUGUGCGACGGGCGCCAUGGAUUACUUAUCAAUGAGCCACGUGUUUAUUUUACCGCCGGCAAUGUCAACGCAUUAAUGCGCCACGUAUAAGGCGGCUGCUAUCAGCUCCGUGGUUUCAGUUGCAGUUCUGAUAGUCAGUCAACCGAGAGGAUUGUUAACGUGUGCACGCCGGCGAGACUUGGCGAGCGACCGCGGAAGAGGAACGAGCUACGUGGACCGGCUCUACGUAGGAGGACGCCAAGCGCGCGUUGCAUUUGAUCGCUGCGAAGCGUGUUUGUCGCCGUUUAUCGUUUUAGCGCACGCCCCAUCGACGUCGACGAGCUUGUGGACGUCGCGUUCCAGUCCGAGGUCGGAUGUGGUGCACGCACUCGGCGACUACGGAAACGACAGCGGCAGCAUCUACGGAUCCGGGGUUAACGACCCACCCGAGCGAUCUGGCAGGUGAGAGGGCAUAUUGCAUGAAAAGGGGAGACUGCCGGUGAUGGACAAUGAGCAACCGCACCAGGAACUGGUCAAGUGCGUGGUCGUGGGUGACACGGCAGUCGGAAAGACCAGACUGAUCUGCGCCAGGGCCUGCAAUAAGCACGUGUCACUGUCGCAGCUUCUGACCACUCACGUGCCCACAGUCUGGGCUAUCGACCAGUAUCGGAUCUACAAGGAUGUCUUGGAACGAUCCUGGGAGGUAGUAGACAACGUGAACGUAUCGCUACGUCUCUGGGACACGUUUGGCGAUCACGAGAAGGAUCGACGUUUCGCGUACGGCAGGUCCGACGUCGUUUUACUAUGCUUCUCCAUAACCAACCCCGUUUCCUUGCGGAACUGCAAGGCGAUGUGGUAUCCCGAGAUAAGGAGGUUCUGCCCGCAAACACCAGUCCUACUAGUCGGAUGCAAAAACGAUCUGCGAUACAUGUAUCGGGACGAGACUUAUCUCAGCUAUUUUCGCGACCGCAGUCCCUUUGUAAGGGCUACGAGGAAGAGCGAUCUGGUGAUGCCGGAUCAGGCGCGAGCGGUGGCGCGAGAACUCGGCGUGUGCUAUUACGAGACGAGCGUCUUCACUUAUUACGGUGUAAAUGAGGUGUUCGAGAACUCGAUACGAGCCGCCUUGAUCGCGCGUCGUCAACAGCGUUUCUGGAUGACGAAUCUGAAGAGGGUGCAGAGACCUCUCUUACAGGCGCCGUUCUGCCCGCCGAAACCAGUACCGCCGGAGGUAUGUCUGGCCUCAAGCACCUACGAGGAGAACAUGAAGACCCUGUGGACGAAGCCGGUCCAUACGGACGUCACUCUAAUUGCCGGCAAUUGUACGUUUUCGGCUCAUCGGUGCCUGCUCGCCGCGGCGUCGCCGGCGUUCCAUCGGCUGUUCUCGAUGGAACUCGCCCACGAGUUAACACCGCGCAGCUCCAGCGAGUCCAGCAUGGUAUAUCCCAGCUCUAUCAGAGUUUGGGAACAACUUAAGCGACGAUCGAGUUUCCAAGUACUGCCGACGAUGGAUAAUCAGAGAAAGAUUAACGGCGCGACGAGGGAGCUGAAUCAUCCUGCCUUCCAAAAUAUUCGUACAUGUCUGACUGAGAACGCGAACGGAAUGCAGCAGCCCACAACGGUGGUCACGCUGUCCAAGCUGAUCACGCCGCAGGCGAUGCAGCAGUGUUUGCAAUUCAUUUACACGGAAAGCUUGGAUAAACGGUAUCACGAUCUACAAACAGCUCCUAUCGGGCUUCUACUGGAGAUCAGACAAGCGGCCGAGUUCCUCGAGCUACCGCAAUUACUCAUGGUGCUCGGUAGCAUACAGACGCGGGAGCAGUUUGUCAAUAGCGAUCUCAAUAAACGGUACAAGCAAGUGGUUAGACAACGAUUAGAAGACAUCUGCUUGGAGCAAGGUCUUUUCGCCGAUGUGAUGUUCGAGUUGGACGACGGCAGCGUACCGGCCCACAAAGCGAUUCUCACUGCCCGAUGCGACGUGAUGAAAGCCAUGUUCUCUGGCGAUUUUCGCGAAAGCAGCGCAAAAGUCAUAGUCUUUCCUGGAGUGCGGGAGUAUACAUUCCACAAGUUGCUCUGCUACCUUUACACGGAUGAGGUGCCGGCGAUCUCCUCGGCCAGAUGCCUGAAUCUACUGGAGCUAGCCAACAGACUCUGCCUUCCACGAUUGGUGAAUCUAGUCGAGAGCAGAGUGAUCGAGGAUCUCGAUCGCCUGUCGCAGAACGAGGGGAACGAAGCCGUUGAAAACUGCCUGAGGCUGUUGGAGCCGUGCAAGCUGCAUAAUGCCGAUCAGUUGGCCGACUGGUGCAUGAAUCAUCUCUGCGUUAACUAUAAUAAGCUGUGCAAAAUGUCGCCUCGCAGCGUACGGCUACUUCAUCCGGAGAAUCAGGAGUAUCUGAACGAGCAUCGAUGGCCGCCGGUCUGGUACUUGAAGGACUACGAUUAUUACCAGAAGUGUCUAGCGGAGCAGGACCGCGAGAACAAGCCGACGUUGAAGCGAAAUCGUAAUCAGUCCGGCUGCCUCUGCUUUUCGGGUUCGAGCAAAACCAGACGGGAAGGCAACAAUGGUGGAAACGGCGGCGGCGGCGGUGGCGGCGGUACGACGUCGACGACAUCGAACGAGACGCCCGCGGAUCGGCCGCUCUUCGACGCCUCCACCGAAUCCGGCGAGCAGGCCGUAUGACAGGAGCCAAGCGGCCUCAGCCGCUCCGUCAGAUUCAUCCUGAUUCUACCUGUGCUCAUGGUCUUCAUAUGCACUAUUUUUACCAUUUUGAUACUGCUACAGAUUUAUACUUAAGCGACUGCAAAGACACCCCGACGAGACUAUAUGUGCGUACAUCUAACACACGUAAGUACACGUAAACAAAAAUACACAAACAAAUAGACACAUACACAACACACACAUAUAAAUAUACACAUUUACGCGAAAUAUACGUGAUGCCGAUGAUUAUCAUGCCACGAGAACCGACCCAGGGCCAGCCAGGGCCCUGCAUUCGAUUUUAGCCCUUCGAGGUUCUUUCGAGUUCUACUCCCUUGUCUCGCGCGCGCGCGCGAUUAAUUUUUUAACGGAGCCAUUCUCCGCGUGCCAUGUGCAUUUUUAAGAGCGCGACAAUGUCGACGACGACGACGACUCGGAUUCUCGCGAGUGUCCGGGUAAAUUUUUCUACGUGUACUUGCGAAUCUCGCGACAGCUCACACUUUUAUCUUCGGCGCGAGAAGAUUGUAUAUCUCGAGGGGAGACUUUGUAUUUUCUACGCGUGUUGAUUCUUCGAGGCGUGUACACUCAGAGACAAGAUUGCGCGGAGACUGAUGCGAAUAAGGGCCGAAGUCAUUUUUCUUCCUUUAUAUUCGUGUUUCUCUUCGUAGAUAUGACGAGCGUUGCAAUAACGACCGUUUUACGAUCAAGUGUGUCUCUCAACAUCUUGAAAUACUAAUAAUUUACAAAAUGCGAACAAGUAGAACUAGAGGCUACGUAAUAUCUUCUCUUUUUCAUUGUACAUCGGAGAAUUGCGAUUAAAAUUAUCUUCUUAUUCAAUUAAGUGAUGGAGAUAUUCUUCCCGUAAAAAGUGAAACACCAUAUCAGAAUUAAACAAAGAACACGAAGACUUGGCUAGUAGUUCGAGCAAACCAACAAAUGACAAAGCUAUCGAAACAUCCUGUACACUGAUAAACCGAUGAACGAGCAUGGUCACCAACAUAUUUCCCGUGGCUAAAAGGCAGGAUCAUCGAGGAAACGUAGAAAUCGUAACCUCAGACUCCGCUCAUCGUUGUCCCUGAUUGUACGUUCCCUGUGAGAACUCAAUGAUUUUAAAGCGCCGCGACUUUCGCGAUGACACACGUCCGCGAACAGCGCAACGCGCUUUAGUCCCGCUAAAAUCGUCGCCGCCUUCGUCGAUGCGCGGGAGUCCCGAUGAAUUCGGUAUUCACCGAAAGCGCCGGUGUACAAAGGUAGGAAGUGAAGAGGAGCACGGUGCUAAUAAUAUUGUCGUCCUGUCAUCGAUGCGUGUUUAGACUGAAGAAACUGAGCAAUAGCUUUAGUUCGUAGCGCAGCUAAUAAGCGAUAUCGUGAGAUGCAGCGUAUCAGCCUGCCAACAAGUCGACCACCUCUCUCUCAUUUCGGUUAGUCCGUUAAUUCUACCGAUGGACAGGGAGUUGUCGAGCGAGUCUCACACGGCCGGCGGUCAAAUGGCAAUCGGCCAAAUUGUUGUCCCGUUGCACCGUUCGCUUCAGAACGAGAGCAAGAUGCGAUCGGCUUCUCAGAAGGUUAGAUCGAUCUUGCGUUACUUUACCGUAUAGCGGUGUUGGGCGUUCGCGCGAUGUAUUUUAGAUGAACGACACGGUUAUCGACCACUUGACGAAUAUUUGUGUUGCCGAUCGAAUCGGUAAGAAUCCUCGAUCGAUUGUACACAAUUGUCAAAUUUAACUGUAAUUAAACGCGACACGCGUUUGACACGCGAAGGAACUACCAUUUUGUUUUCAUGAAUUUUCGCAUAAUAAAUGUAGAACCCGAAAAGCAGAGACUGAUUGCGAGAGAAACUUGUGAAUCGUUAUUGAAAGGUUAAGUCGCGAUCUUACAUUGAGUGAAGCGAUUGACCGUUACUGAAGAUCUAAUCACACGAGAAAAUCCAUCGCGUUUUACACACAGGGAGAACUGAAACAGGUUGGCACACUUUUCGGCGUUAGAAUAUCGGCAUCAGAAUUUUUCAGACAAUUAAUCGUGAUUUUUUAUUAUAAAAAGGCGAUAGGGACAAUCUUCCUCCUAUAUCUUUAUGCCAAAAACGAUUCUAUAAACCGUACACUGAAAGAAAGAAAUGAUUGGUCUAACUAAAUCUAUAGUCAUUUUUGGUCCCAACCAUACUUUGGUUGUUCUAAUACAAAAAUAAUACUAGCGGAUACGCGUAAAAUUACUAUCACUAAUAUUAUAAUAGAAUUUAAUAAAAAAAAUAGCUUUUUUCAUCAUAAUUUAUAAUAAUCACUUCUCUGUGUGAUUAUAAUUGCAAAUACCAAAUACUUUCUUCCCAGUGUAUGCUUUUUUUCUUGCAAUAAUCAAGACACUAUAUCGCGGCCAACCUACUUUUUCCUACAGAGAAAAAGAAAAACGAAACACGCUGUCAAUUCGUAGGCAAGAUUAACGGAAACGCACAAAGUAAGAGAAUUCGCAAAUGCAAGUGGUCAAUGAUCGCGUAGUGGUGAGUAACUAUUAAGAGCUUUACUCCACAAGUAGAGUACUAAAACUAUCAUCUUAUACGUAAACGCGACUAAACUGACGCGUAAAGUACAGAUUGUUUCUCACCUGAGCGCCCGAGAGGUACUCCGUGAAGUCGUCCGGAAGACGUCUGCGAAAUUUAGACGUCGAUCGAAUGUCUCUCGGACGUAUCUCCUCGGACAUUCGUCUUAGAGGCUGGUCCGAGCGAUAGCGCCUAACUACAUAUAAAGUGAUAGUUGAAACAUUCUACGCCGUGAUUGUCGUCGUUUACUCAAAGACGCCCAAGACUGGUACGUAGUCGUUGCGAAGACACGACGUGUAAAUAUCGUGUAAAUUCGUGCGAGAAUUUGUACUCUUUACGAAGAAGAAUAUGCGGCGUUUUCUUUCCGCCUCCCCUUCGAUCAAUCCGUACAAUCAGCGAUAAACGGAAUUUUACCGUUUCCCUUUUUCUUCGUCUUUUUACUUUUUUUUUGUUGUUUCCUUUUUUCCUACGCGAGAAUUUCUCGCAUCUUCAACGAGAUUUCACAGAGGCGACCUACAAUCGCGAUAAUUGUUCGUUUUCUCGCGGAAGGGAGGGAACUGAUCAGCGCUAAAUCACGGCGGCCGCGUCAACAUAUCGAUUUAUGAUAAUAAGUUACCGCUUCGAUGACAUUGCCAUCGUCACUGUCACCGCGGCAGUAACGAGAUCUAUCAUAGAUAGUGAGAGAAGGAGAGACGAUUACGUUUGUAACGGAUGUAAUGUACCUAGGAAAUUAGGACCUAGAUAAGGCAAAGCUUCCUAUUUUUUUCGUUCACGAAGACACCGUCGCGUUUCGACCGGGAUGCGAAUACUAUAUUCUGUUACAGAGAUUUUCACAGCGAUAUUACGUCGGCUUGGACUUUCCCGUUGAAUUGUAACGUAACGUGUAACCCAUAAGUCCUCUGUGAAGUUGUUGAUUACUUACGAUACCUCGGAAACUCGGAGAUUUCGUCGCGCGAAAUCUUCGCAACUUCGUAAGUGUGUCGGACGGUUUUUGCAACAAGACAGAGAAACGUAGCCUCGCGUUACACGGCUCGGUUGUAAGCGCACACACAGACACGAACACACACACACGACACACACACACACAUACACACACAAUUGGACUAGCGUAAUAUUGAUAAUUACUAAUAACGAUAUUACCAAUAGUGAUAACAUGUAAUCAUUAAGCUAAUCGGUGUUAAGAUAUUAUCAUUGAUAAUUUGAUACUUGUUAGUUGCGAUCGUUCGCAUAAUCAUCCUCGCAUAUAUUAUACUUCCCGAUCAAUUCAUUCAUAUCCGCGAUUAUGGAACAAUAGAGAAAGAGGGAUAGAUAGAUUAAAAUUUGUACUACAGAGACGAGAGAGAGAAAGAGAGAGAUAGCGAGAUAGUACGAGGUGCGUAUUAGGAAUUAGAAGUUUAUAAACGGGACGAAGAAUGAACGAGAGUGAGAAGGAGGAUAGAUAGUACGAUUUGCACGUUGUAUAUCGCGCGAAUGCAGAAAUUACGAAAAAACAAAAAAGAACUGAAGAAAACAUGAUGAAUUUUUUUUCUCAAAAUCGAGACGUAUCAAGGUGAGUUUCUUUCUCUCUCUGCCUGCCCUUCGAAAUUAAUUUCGAUUCGUCUGCGUUUUAUUUUUCUUCCUUUCUUUCUUUGUUCUUUACGCGAUUUUACGCCGCGACGAACAUUUGUAACCGACAUACGCAUUCGCAACAAUUCGCGCUACUGCCCUAUCUAUAGCGAAAUUAUGUUUAAGCGAGAGAGGAGACGCGCGAGGAGAGAAAACAUGGAUUCGACGUAACUGGACGCGCACGUGUGUGCGUGUCUGUUGCGACGAGGAUGAUGAGAAUAACGUCCCACUUGUACGCUACGUCAAUUUCGAUGUCAAUGUUGCCCUUCGUCGCUCGUGUAUAUAAUGUAUCUUAGCCGUAAGUGUAUAUUUUAUACUGACAAAUUCAUAGAGUUAUAAGCGCGCGCGCGUGCUCGGGUCACCGCGUACCGAUAACGACGAUCGACAAACAGCAAAGAAGAUUUUUACACGCGGUGUUCUCUCGCGUUUUGCGUCCUCGGGGAUGAGCGAGGGAGGAGAGUAGGGAGUGAAAAUAAAAGAAGAAUAAGACGGAAGAAAAGAAAAAUGGUUUCUCACCGCGGAACGAUUGUCACCUCGACGUUAUCGAAGCGAUACGAGAGACACCAGAUAAGAUAAUACAAUUCGUCGUCCGACGUCUCGCAAAACACAAUUAGUUUAUUAGCUUAUCUCAAUUGUGUUCUUUUGAUCAGUUCUCCUGCCACUGAUACCGCUUUGACGACGCCUUGGAGUCAUCUCAAUGCGACGAUUGUGAACGAGAUAAGACGGACGCUUUUAGAUACUACAGGCAUAUAAGUGGCAUUUUGAAAAAUGUCAUAUAGUCUAUUUGUGUAACGUAACGUGGUCCGGCCGCGCAUUGCUUAUCUGAGAAAUGACGGUGGGUCGAGUCUUUUCAAGUUACGCGCGAGUGAGAAUCUCGAUUUGCAAUUUAAUGCGAGCGUCGCGCUCAAGAUUUUUAUUUUUCAACUCAAGCCAAUCUCGAAGCAGACGACUCGACGAAAGUUAUCCCGUGCGGGAUGGUCGACAAGCGCGGAAUUUUAUGGGACUCUAGAGAUAAAAUAGAACAGAGUGGAAAGAUCACACAUUUCAGUAGGAUCGCACCGAUCAAAAUUAUUUCAUCUCGCCGAGAUCGUCAACUAGGGGUGAUGCUCGACGAAAACAGAGCGUCAAUCAUAAAUCUUUUUCUCUAGCGUGAAAUCGUGAAAAGUCUAAAUUGGAAAAUAUAUCGGAAUGUUCAUUUUUCACGAGUUUACAUUAGAGGCAAAGAUUCAUGAUUGCCUCCAAACGCUGCAAAAUUAUUCAUCUUUCACGAUUUCAUACAAUCAAUUGAUUAAAGGUAGCAACACUUCUCCUCGAUAAGAGUUUCAUAUCCCAUAUCCAAUAAGAGAAUGUUUUUUUAGUAAUUGUUAAGAGAUAUGUUUCCUAUUGGAUAUGGAAUGGAAUAUCCAAUUCCUAUUGGAUAUUGGAUGUGAAAUUUAUUCAAGAAAAAUUUUGCUACACUUAGUCAAUUGUAUCAGGAAAAAAAAUUACAUUAUUAAAAUCGCAUGAAAAGAUCCAUAAUUGAUGUCCAGAUCUCGCGGGAUUAUAAAAAUCCUCGAUUACUUUCAUAUAGCAUCUAUUGCUUUCCGCUCUUGAUCCAGGUAGAACAAAAAUCAUGAUUACCUCAAAAUGACGAGAAAAUGAUCGAAUCGUGAUGAAAAAGUGAGUUUUCCUUGUCAUUUUUGGUCAGUUGGGUGUUUACACGUAAUUUAUGAUAUUCUAUGUUUACGUGUAGAUAAUGUAAACUAUAUAUUAGAUGUCAUCUAUAUAGACAAUGAGUAAUUUAUGAAUGUCAUUCAAAGAGCGUUCGCUCAAAAAUUGAUUAAGAAAAGUUUAUAUUUUCGUUUGAUUUUGUUAGAAUCUUGAUAUAUAUUUAUAAACGUUCUUUUCUAAAUAACAUAGAAAAUCCACAAAAUUUUUUGAUUAUAUUCUUAUCUUCAAAGUUAAAUCUACUAAUCUAACAUGUAAUGAAAAUUUUAUGUAACUGGUUAUUUUUUUAAAUCACGUUACACGUUUAUAAUUAAUACCUAAAACAGAUACGGUCACUAUCUCAUAGUGUGUUACUCUUUUUUAUAUGUUAUAUAAUAUAAUUUACAAUAUUCUAUGUAGUUUACAUGGUCUACACGGAAAGAAACGCGUAUAUAUCGCGUAGACGAUACGUGAACAAUCAACGUAGACGUAAUCUUGAAAUCUACGGCACAACCGUGAUUUUCUGUUCUACCUGAGUAGAACCUGGGGCGGUACGUUUGUCUGAUUGCGGUAAAUUAUUGAUAUCUAUUAUAUCUUGGACUUAUUAUACACCCGCGACUGCAGUCAGUUCGCGAAUUUCACAGAUCGCGAAAUUCUGCGAUCACACAACGGUCACACCCGCUACUUUUGCAUCCCCGAUCGAUCGGCACAAGUCUAAAGAUGAGCCAAGGUCUUUUGUGCCCUCGCCGCGACCAUUUUGAUUAAUGACAUCAGAAAAGAGAGAAAACGUAUGCCCAAAAUUCUUGUCGAAAUAAAAGAUUAUAGCCAUAAAAUCACACUUAUGAUUGAUUGAGCAUAUGUUUGCAAAAUAUUUCGGAAACUUCUUUUAUUCUAAUAAGGCCGUUUGCUUCGACUUCUUGGUAAGUAAACUGAUGAUUAAGGACCGAUUAUUUAAACUUCUUGGUAAGUUACCUGACAGUUAAAUUAUGUAUCUGUCUCUAUCCAAUUUAAAAAAAAAAAACUAAGGCAAACAUAUGAUUUAACUGUCAGAUAACUUAUCAAGAAGUUGGAACAAUUCCCUCAAUCAUAUAUCUGUCCUCUAUAUCUGUCUUUGUUUUUGCUUCGACUUAGACAAAGACAUACAUAUGAUUUAGCUAUCAAUUAACUUACCAAGAAGUUGGAAUAACCGGCCCAUAAUAAAUAAAAGGUCGUAAAACUAAAGUCUCAGAGACAACACAACUUACUAAAAGGUGUCUUCAAAACGUCCAAAAGACAUUCCAUUUCUUUUAGACGUCUUUCGGAUAUUUUUAAAACAUCUUUUAGGAACUUGUGCUGUCGAAGGUGACAAAAUCAUGAGAAAAUGUAGGCUGAAAGGAAAAGUUGCAUAUCAUAUUAAUUUUACGGUUAUUCGUUGAUUGUUAGAACAAAAGGAAAAUUUUCGAGAUAUUUGACAAAUGUGCUCAAUCGAACCCAAGGGUUACUUUACAGACAUAUUUCUUUUAGUUCAACGUAUUUCGUGAGAAUUUUGGGCAUGCGUCCUCUCGUAUCAAUUCUGACGAUAUCAAUCGAGGAUUUCAAGGCGAAGGAUCAGGAGCCUUGAUAAAAGAAGCACGCGUUGUUUGUCUUUCUUUUUCUUUCUUUCAUAGCUAUCGUUGUAACAAAAGAAAACCAAUAAUGCUAGUAGCUAGUAGCUCUUAAAUGACUUAUUCUGUGACAGCGUAUGAGAGAGAGAAAGAGAGAUUUAAGUCCAACGAUAUCCUGAGGAAAACGUAUGCGGAACGCGAGACGGAAGCGCGGAGAAGAACGUAGUUUGAAAAAGGAUCGGCCGACAAUCCACAGUUGUAAUUUCGCACUAUCCCGAUCGAUCGAACCGACCACGACAAUUACCGGCGUUUUUCGGCUCAGUCUAGUGCGUACGGAUGCGAAUCGUCGUUCCACGCUCAUCUAUCUCAAAGGGUGAUAAUAGUCUUCACGAUAUAACGUAUAUAAUUAUAUGUACAUACAUAUACGUGUAUGUAUGUAUGUAUGAUAACACGCACUAUUUUUGCGUACCGACGUGAUAAAAAAAAUACCUAGCGGAUAUGACUGUGUUAUUUGUACGAGUAAUCUCAUUCGAGGCACAGGAUGUCCUACCGCAUCGUUCAUGAAUAAAUAGAUUUCUUUACGAUA